CUGUGGAUCAUCCCCAGCCUGGUGGGCGGAUCUGUGCUCUACUUCCUGUCUGUGGACAAAUGGCAUCGAGUCGCAGCCGGGCUCUACGGGAGUGGGCUCACCGGCCUCUUCGUCACUUCGACGCUCUUCCACACAGCUGCCUGGAAAAUCAGCCAUCUACGGAAGCUGGAGCAGCGUUUCCACAUGUGCGACAGAAUGGCCAUCUACUUUUUCAUCGCUGCCUCCUACUCUCCCUGGUUGAUGCUGAGGGAGCUGGGACCCUGGACYUGCCACAUGCGCUGGCUGAUAUGGGUCAUGGCAUGCUUCGGAUCCGUCUACGUCUUCUUCUUCCACGAGAGGUACAAGCUGGUGGAACUGCUGGGGUACGUGGUCAUGGGGGGCCUGCCUGCACUGGUCGUUCUAUCGAUGGUGGAGCGCACAGGUGUGUGUGAGCUGGCAGUGGGAGGGGUAUUCUAUGUGGUGGGCGUGGUCUUCUUUAAGAGCGACGGCCURGUGCCCUUCGCCCACGCCAUCUGGCAUCUUUUUGUUGCGGUCGGUGCGAGCUUUCAUUAUUAUGCCAUCUACAGGUACCUGUAUUUAUCGGGGCCACAGCUGCAGACAGCCAGGUGACUGGCAGCUAAUGUUGCUGCUCAGACGUGACACCACUGAGACUUGUCAGGACAUCACCGAUGGGUUGAUUUCACCUUCAGACCUGAGUCAGGCUKGCCUGAUUCUGCUGUUUAAACACACUGGUCAAGAAAUAGUUUUAAAAUUUGUUCAAAGUGAGAUAGUGCGGGGUAAGUAGUCAGUAUCUUACCUGCAGCAGAAAGUCAAAUCAAUCUCAGUUUAGAAGAAAUUCUCAUGGAGGAUUGAAGUCAUAACAGAGCUCAGUCAAUAGUGAACUGUCACCAUUUAACAAUUCAAACACAGUUUUUUAAACUGUUUAAACACUAAACAGUGAAGCCCCACAAAGUUGCAUUCCACAGUUUGCAAACAGUCUCUUGCAGACUUUUUCAUAGAAKCUAAAUACAAGUAGUUCGAGAUAAUAUWUGUGAUAUUGCAGAAACRGGAUAUACAGUACAGUAAGGAACAGAAUUAUUUUCCUCCUCUSGUGCUUUUUUGUGAGUUUUCUAGCUAAAUUAUUAAGAAAAUAAUUUACUUAUUAUGACCCCCCGCACACGAAGUGUAAGUGGGAGUCAUAUUGUUUUCGCACUGCUUUUUUURURUSUMUUUUUUUUUUGUCAACCGUAGCACUA